CUUGCAGCUCCACAACAUAAACCAAAAACAUCCUCUGAGUUUCCUUCUUUGCCUCACGGUGCCAGGUGCGACUCCUCUCUCAACACGGCUCUGGAUUCUGGUACGACCGGAACUACCGCUCCUGUUCUGGGAAACGCAUACAGACGGAAGGUUGCUUGAUGAGAAUGGCAGAUCAGGAAGCAUUUAAACACAGUCCGAGAAGAGGCGCUGCUACUUUUCAGUCUGUGUCAGGCCUUGAGCCAAGCUUGCACCGUCCUCGGGUUCAUCUGACGGAGGAUGUGCCUGAUUACAGUGGUGCUACUGGGCUGAGCAAAAAUCUGCCACCUUCUGGAGACCAAGUGAGAGAGGCUUUACUUCCUGAAAGAGGUGACAGUCUCAGAAUGGAGAGGACUUUCAUUCAAAAACUCCAAAAGAAACUUGAUUCUGGUGACAGUCUGUUGGGAGAUGAGGAUGAAGAUUCAGAUGAAGACCCAGCUGUGUGUUCUGUCCCUGCUGUAUCAGCUGCUGAAAGCAUGCUCUCUGAUGAAGUGCUCCUCCUGGACCAGGGCGAGGACUUCAAGAAUGCAAAUGAGAGUACAAAGACCGAAGCUUGGGAAACUGACUGGCACAAAAAUCACAUGGCAGCAAUAAGCAGCGACAGGUUUGACAGCAUCCUGAAGAUGAGUCCUCAUUUCUAUGGCUGUAAGACCCACAUGGCAACAUUUGUCUUAACAAGAGAAGUGUUGAAUACGGGUGGUCUUCCAAGUGAGCAUUACAAGGUGGUGGCGUUGGGAACUGGCUGUUCAUGCUGCAGGAAGUGGCUUUGCUACAAUGGGACGAUGGUCCAUGACUGCCACGCCAUUGUCAUCGCUAGGCGGGCUCUCCUAAGGUUUCUGUACAAACAGCUUUUGCUGUUCUUUGAUGCUGAUCCAGAGGCCAAGGAGAGCUGUAUUUUUGAGAGCAGUACAGACAGCCACCAACUUCAACUCAAACCCGGGAUCAGUCUGCAUCUCUACACCAAUCGGUGUCCUGAAGGAGCAGCUAAGAACUUCUACUUCAAAGGCCCUGCAGACAGCACUUGGACUGCUAUGAAGCUGCAGUGUCAUGCUAAGGGCCUGCUGGCCCCUGUAACCUACCUUGACCCGAGCGUCUGGGGUGCCAAAGUCUGCUGCAUGUCUGGUAGUGACAAGUUGUGCCGCUGGACUGUCACUGGGGUUCAGGGUGCAUUACUGACCCACUUCAUCCAGCCCCUUUACAUAACCAGCAUGGUGCUAGGGGGCCAGCCGCUCUUAAAUGAGGAAGUGUCUGAUAUCACCAACAAGCGACUGGAUGGUGCUUUUCAGGACAUUCUGCCGCCACCCUACAAUAAGCACAACAUCAUCUUUCUCUGUGGAGACAAUGUGAGGCCUGUUGCGGCCUCACCGUUUCACGACAAUCUCAGCAUUAACUGGUGCCUUGGAGACAAGGAUAUUGAAGUUCUGGACAGCAGCAGAGGCAUCAUCAUCGAUGGCUCGCCCUCUGGGAGUGGACCUGGCUUCUCCAGCAGACUCUGCAAGAGAGCCUUCUACAGUUACUUCUUUCGAGUUGCGCAGUUGGGUGGACAUAGCUAUCUGCUGGAUCUUUCCACCUACCACAGUGUCAAGGUUCUUGUUACCUACAGAUAUGGAUUACAUGAAUGCUCGGUGCUCAAUCCCAGAAAUGUGGAAGCUGUCGUCUAUCAGACAGUCAAAGAGCUGAUCAAGGAACAGUUUCUGAGCAACCAUGCCGGUCACUGGAAUUCCAAAAAGCUGGUGGACUGCUUUAGCAUUUGAACUUUCCCCCAGCAGCGGGUCAUGUAAAAGUUUAUCCAAGUUCCUUUGGAGAUUUUAUUUGCUGUUGUUCUGUACACUUCACUUAUUACCUUGACAGUAAUUCUAGUUUUGUUUUAUGUAUAAUACUGUUGUUUUGUGUUUGUGUAGGUGUUUGAGAAAAAUAAAAGAGGCCCUACUGUUGUGCAUGAG